AUGGCUGUUGGAACAAAGAUCAUGGUUGGCCGUCAUGUCAUCGUACGAAAGCUUGAUUCUCUCGAGGCUUUAGGGGCUGUGACCAACAUUUGCUCCGACAAGACUGGAACGUUGACCCAGGGAAAGAUGGUGGUCAAAAAAGCAUGGGUUAUAGCGGAAGGUAGGAAGUUGCCGCUCCCGCUCAUAUUUACCCCGGCUAUUAACAUAUUUAAGGUACCUACUCUAUUGGUGACUCCAACAAUCCAGUGGACCCAACAUCUGCCGAGAUUUCUUUUGAAUCCGACCCUCCGUUCGAUCAUACUCCACUAAAGGUGCCGAAGACGCAGGCUCAGAAGCAAGCUGAGUCUCCAUGGCUCCCAGCCUCCGAGUUUACCGGCAAGGAAUUUUUAACCCAGUACUUGAACAUUGCUACGUUUUGUAAUCUUGCAUCAGUGCACAGAAAUCGCGAAACGGACCGCUGGGAUGCUCGUGGGGACCCAACGGAAAUUGCUAUCCAAGUUUUUGCCAGCCGAUUUGACUGGGGCCGUCGGAAAUUUACUUCUGGAGACAAUCCAUCCUGGACCCAACUCGCCGAGUAUCCCUUCGAUUCCGAUGUUAAGCGUAUGACAGUCAUUUACCGCAGCUUUUGCUCGGAUGGGGAAAAGGGCUGCGUGGAAUGGGCUUUCAUGAAGGGUGCGGUAGAGAGGGUGUUGGAAGCAUGUACGACUAUCCAAUAUACCGAUGGGGCUGUCCUAAUGAGCGCAGAACAAGAGGAAAGGGUUCUGAAGAACAUGGAAGCGUUGGCUUCUCAGGGUCUUCGUGUUCUGGCCCUUGCAAAACGACCCUGGCAUUCCCAGACAGAGGAUUGGGGUCAGCUGCCACGUGAAGAUGUGGAGAGGGAUAUGGCGCUUUUUGGCCUUAUUGGACUUUAUGAUCCUCCCCGUGUGGAAACAGCGGGUGCAGUCAAGGCUUGUCAUAGAGCUGGGAUAAACGUCCACAUGUUGACGGGUGACCAUAAGCAGACAGCUCGAGCUAUUGCCAUUCAGGUUGGGAUACUUCCGCCAAGGAUCAACCAGCUCUCACCGGAUGUUAUAUCCUCGAUGGUAAUGACUGCAGCCCAAUUUGACCUACUCUCGGAUGACGCUAUCGAUGACCUACCCGUUCUGCCGUUGGUCAUUGCUCGGUGCACCCCCCAGACCAAAGUGCGCAUGGUAGAGGCCCUACAUCGUAGGAAGAAAUUUGUUGCGAUGACUGGCGACGGUGUUAACGAUUCUCCCGCCCUCAAACGUGCCGAUGUCGGCAUCGGUAUGGGUAUGGCUGGCAGUGACGUUGCUAAAGAUGCUUCGGAUAUUGUGCUCACGGAUGAUAAUUUUGCUUCCAUCCUUAACUCUAUUGAGGAGGGGAGGCGAAUGUUCGAUAACAUAAAGAAGGUAACAUAUUCCUUAGUGGCUCUGUGUUCCUUUAAUACGUACUAACCCGAAUAUAGUUCGUUUUGCAUCUGUUGGCUGAAAAUAUUGCACAAGCUUGCACCCUUCUUAUUGGUCUUGUGUUUAAGGAUAGCACAGGCCUCUCAGUUUUCCCCCUGGCACCUGUUGAGAUUCUGUGGAUUAUCAUGAUCACCAGUAGUUUCCCUGAUAUGGGACUGGGCUGGGAACCGGCGUCUGACGAUGUCAUGACUAGACCGCCUCACAAUGUAAGUUUAUUCUGUCAAUUCUGUACUGUGGGGCCCGACUGACUCUCUCAUAGCUCAAGGUUGGUAUAUUUACGAUGGAGCUUCUUGUGGACCUAACGGUUUACGGAUUCUGGAUGGCUGCCCUCUGCCUCGCCUCAUUCGCGUUGGUUGUUUUCGGCUUUGGUGAUGGCAAUCUGGGACACAACUGCAACCACAGAAUCGACGAUGGAUGUGAGCUCGUUUAUAGAGCACGGAGCACUACCUUUACCUGCCUCACCUGGUUUGCCUUAUUCUUGGCCUGGGAGAUGGUGCACAUGCGCCGUAGUUUCUUUAGAUUGGAGUCCGACCCCCCGCAUAUCUGGACAAUGUGGGCCCGCCAUGCCUGGCGAAACCCCUUCUUGUUCUGGAGUAUCAUGGCAGGAUUCAUCACGGUAUUCCCGAUCAUUUACAUCCCCGGUCUCAACACAGUCGUAUUUAAGCAUGCCCCGAUCUCUUGGGAGUGGAGUAUUGUGAUCAUUGAGGCCAUUUUGUUUUUCCUCGGGAUAGAGUUCUGGAAGUUUUGCAAGCGGGUAUACUUUAGGCGACAUGGUGAUAAAGUUAGAAACCCAGAAACGGAGCUGGGUGCUAAUACCUUUUCGAGGUAUGCAUCCACUGCCGGGUCGGGCGCAACGGAUGGUGUCGAAUUGGAGGCCCAAACAUGA